CCGGCCCUAACGGUGAUGUCAUAUGUCGUUACGCCAUUUUUGUUGGAGAGCAGUCGUGUUCAGAAAAGCAGGAUUAGAUUCAGUACAGGUACACAAAACGGUACCUUGAAUAAUCAUCUCUUUGAGUUGGUCCAGCAACCGACGAGACACCUGCGUGUCCUCCACACUCACAAAAUGUCGUCAGAAAACCUGGACUCGGAUACUCAGGUGGACUACGAGGACGAAAAACAGGACUCUCAAGAGAAAAAUGCAAACCCAGUUAAAGCAGAAGAGGCGAAGCUGAAGGCCAAAUAUCCUGGUCUGGGCCAGAGACCCGGUGGGUCAGACUUCCUGAUGAAGAGACUACAAAAAGGACAAAAGUACUUUGAUUCGGGUGACUACAACAUGGCCAAGGCCAAGAUGAAGAACAAACAGCUUCCUGUGGCAGGGCCUGACAAGAAUCUGGUAACUGGUGACCACAUUCCCACGCCACAAGAUCUACCCCAGAGGAAGUCCUCCUUGGUGACCAGCAAGCUAGCUGGCUAGCCUUCGUCAUUCAAGAAGCACCCUCCCCCCCUUACCCCCCGGGAUUCCCAGCAAGCAUCCCUCCUCCACUUCACCUGUGUCCCCAAUAUGUCCAUCCACUCCCCUCUCUUCCUUUUACAUCCCCAGGCACCACUGGCUUUAACAUAUCGGGCAGAGUUGUAUAAGUUAAAACUCCAUUUGCUUAUAUGUGGGUGGGGCGGGAUGGGAGGGACGGAGGUUUAGGCGGCCCACAAGGUCACAGCCUUCUCUGCCUUCCCACAACGCACAGCUCUGCCCCCUCUGUGCACUCUGCGCUACCGCCUCCCUUAUAUCUUGGUUUUCAGUGUUCCAAGAUGCAUUACAGUAGGUGUGUGUGUCAUCGGGCAGGGGUUGGAUGGGAUGAGUUAAUGCACUUUGUAUUCUGUAUAGUAUUUUUUUUUUUUUCAUUUUUGCAUCCUGAAUGACACCAAAAUAAUGUGUGUACGGGAGUUAGGAACCAUGAUCACAAUGUGUUCUUUGAGCUUCAUCUUCCCUUUCUAUGCUGGUAGCUAGCUUCAGCGGGAGGGUUUGGAAGAUAUAUGUGAAUAAUUGCUUGCUUACCAAAUCUGUGAGGGGCAGCUUAAGGGAUACUUGGCAUUCACUAACACCCUAUUGGGAAAUGAGUGGAAGUUUCCUUGCAUCUCACCCCUUCAGUCACUUCAGUCAAAUAUAAUCUGACGACAACUGCUGCAGCUCAUCCAGGCAGGGAUUUGAAACACUUUUUUCUCUGUCUGUGUGCUUCUGUUGCUUUUAUUUCCUACACCUUUUGCUCCUGGUUCUCUCAUUUAAAAAAAACAUGGCUGCAUGUUUGUAAUAUGUAACAAAAAAAAAAAAGAAAAUUAACAUGCUUUUGUAACAGGAGUGGAGCAGCUGCUUAGUAAGUGAUCAAAACAACCACCUAAAGUCCUGAAAUGUCCACAGUCACACUUCUUUACUUGCUUUGCUUUAUGCUAUUCUGACAAUCCAUGUACACACGCUCCUGUUUGCUGCCCAGGGUGGGAGCCAGUUGAGUAUAUCCUGGUAUUAUUUUUAAAGGCUGGGAACCCUGCCAGCCUAUGAGCUCAGCCUUUGUGUGGUUGCUGUUGAGAUGCAUCAAGAUAUGUGCUAACUAUGAGCCUAAAAGAUUUGUUGGGGGGGAAGCACCCUGCAUAGUGUAUAUGCUUCUGUAAAUAAUACUCAAACAAGCACGUAACUCGUGAUAAGCUUAGCGCUUUAAGGACUGAACCGGCUAGCAUGCCUGAGAGAAAUGGUAGUGCUAAAUCAACUCAGUUGGGAUUACACCCUAGGAUUUCUGGCUUGGAUAUUCUUUGCUUUAACAACUGAGCCGAAUUCCACAUUGCAAGCCCAGAGGCUGUGGAUACACUUGUCUUUUCAAUGUGACUGUUACUAUCCAAUCAUCCUGCUUACAUUGCAAUGUGAUGAGGCAGCUUUGAGCCCACACUGAUCUGGCUAGAGAUGUAAGGAGUGAUGUGGCUUCCACAUAUCUUUCUGGCUAUUUUUGAAGCACUGAUGCAAGCACUUCUAAAGGUUUUGUAUCCAGCCACAAAAGUCUCAUUGAGAUGACAAAAAGUACCCAGAGUCGUUGCAGUCAUACUUGUGUCUUUCAAGGCCAUAUGUAAAGUACAUUUUUUUUAGUAUUUAAGGGUUGACUAUGAAAAAAAGCCUAAUUCUGACAGUGAUUUCUAAUUUCAUGUAAGAGAAUGUUUUAAUACUUAAGAAUGAACAGUAUGUCAUAGUGGUUCCCUUAACAGCUGACCUCCUUUCACUGCAGUUCACAUAAUGAAACACUAACCUUAGUUUAAAAAAAGUUCAACUACUUCACUAAAAUCUCAGCUGGAGUAUUGCCCUACAUUACUACCGGCACGUCGUAGAAGUUUAUUCUCUCCAAAACUCACACUACUCAUAUGGAUGUUUGAUCUCAGGGGUGUUAGAGGGUAAACGACAGGCAACCUGAUAAGUGCAGCUCUAUAACGCAUCAUCACGGGCUUAAAGUGGAACAGGGCAUAUCUGCAGGAGCGCCAACACUUGCGAAGCAGAGAGAGAUUUUAUAACACAUGGUGAGGGGGUAAUCCCACCUGUUAUCGUGAUUCAGCUUCUGAAACAGGUCAAUGGAACGAUCGCUAAAUCUCUAGACUUUGAAUGUGCGCCCUUCGCACAGUCAAGAAUCUGAACUGGAUGCCGGCACUCACUGAGAAUCAGUGUAAAUUACUGCUUCAGGGAACCUUCACAAACGCACACUCCACCACGUAGGCUAGGUAACAGGGUGCAUGCACCAUCACGUUCUCGACCUCACUUAUUUUUCAAUGAGACUUUAAAAUGUGUCAAAGUUGCAGUGGGUGAAAGAGGACUGACUUGUGCAUAUAUGCUUGUUGUUGUGGUGGUGUAUGAAUGCACUGCUUUUCUCUGUUCCAGCUGUUGUAAAUAGACUUAAACAGGAAAUUAUUUUUGUUGUUUCCCACUUGCGUUCCACUCUUUCAUAGCCCAAGCUAUUUCUGAUUCAAUGGUUCCUCUCUCCUUUCUGUUUAACACUACUUCUGCUGUAUCUUAUUGUAUCGCAGAGGCUAUGUGAAUCUGUAUCAAAUGGAAAUAUGUGUAAAUGCUGCUGAUUCAGUCAAUGACAAAUCUAAGAGAGCAUACCCUGUAAAGAACAUCUGUCCUCUUGAUUCUGCCAGUCUGACUCUUUAAGCAUCUCACUUCAAGAGUCAUAAAGCUCCUGUGGCAAAAACUGGUUACAUGUUAACUAUGUUAAACUUCAACUUAAGUGCAGAUUCCAAAAAAUAAAUGCAUCGUUGGUUUGGAACAAAUGUGUGGUCUAGCCAGAUCUUAAAAUUCUGAACUGCUUUGUCACUUUGAUAAGAACAGACUAUUGUGUUGUGUUUAAAAAGCCUACAUUCUUUCUGCUUCAAGAAGUAAGCCCAGGUUAAAUAAAGAAAAGGUUAAUAUGCUGUGAUGUUAUGAAACAACAGUGGAGAGAUGUUCUUGAAUGCUACUUGAUGUUUGGCUUUGCAAGGAGCAGUGCAACAAGAGGAAAUAGCGGGUAGGUUUCAUACCCAACACACAGGGUGUCUCUUGUUCAGCUAUGAUAAAUAUGUGCCAGAAUGUAUAAAAUAAUUAACAGGCUGUGUGCUCUGAAGUACUUUUGUGCUGCUUUUACCUUAUCUGUUUUCUUGUUUUGCAAGUAAUAUUUUUUUUCUUGUGUUCUCUUAAUGCAUAAUUAGUAUAUUUCAUCCUGGCCCAAGACUGCAGGGAAAUCAGAUGCACCCUUGCUUCCAAGAAAAAAAAGGGUUUACAUGAUAAACAGGAUGACUGGAGAAUACAGGAAUGAUUUUAAGACUUCAGAAGUACAAGGGUACUUGGAAUGUUUAAGUUGUGUGGAAGUAGGUGAGAGGAUUUUUGUCAGUAUUUGAAAUAAACUUUUACAUUAAUAAGGUG